GGGAUGCAAAUACUCCAACCUGAAAAGAAUGAUCGGAUGCCAUGCGGGGAAAGUGUUUGGGGCAUCAUCAUCUUUCAAGCCCUAUGUUUUAGGACAAAUACGUAAAAAUGUUGCAAGUAAAUGGCUAUCAAAAUCCGACCUGCCAGUGCCACCAACUGCACCUUAGCCCGGAGUCCUGGGCAAUGCGCAAUAUCAUUCCCAGCCAUUACGUUUUCAUUUCUUUAGCUAUCCAGAAUUGCGGAUGGCCGAUUCGCCGAGUUGGGUGCUUUACGGUUCAAACGGUCAAGCCCUCUUUCUAAACUUCCAAAACACAAAACCUGAGUAGUUUUAGUGAAGACUGAAAAAAAUGUCGUCGUUUCGGCUCACUCGCGCCGCCUCACGCAACAUCCUCAGACCCUUUCUCUCUUCUUCACUCUCUAUCCUCUCUUCAUCGCAAUCUUCCCGAACCACGAUUAGGAGUCCCCAUUUUGGCAACCCAUUCACUCGGUUUUCCCAUUUGUUUCCCAAUUAUGAAAAUUCUCGUGAUCAUUCCAAAGUCUCCAACGAAAAUCUGUCAUCUCUCAGACAUGGAAUUGCUUGGAUAUCGACCUCUUCAGGAGUCACGGACAGCUCGAGCAAGGGUGAACGACAGCGUAGUAGUAACAAUAACAGGAAUGCUGUGGAUGUUCCUUCGUGGAUUGACGUUUAUUUGCCCAGAGGAAUUCAACCUUAUGCUAAGCUUGCGCGCCUCGAUAAACCUAUUGGAACAUGGUUGCUCACUUGGCCUUGUAUGUGGUCAAUUACACUAGCAUCAACACCUGGGCAUCUUCCUGACUUUAAGAUGAUGGCUUUAUUUGGUUGCGGUGCUUUGCUUUUGAGGGGUGCUGGUUGUACCAUCAAUGACCUCCUUGAUCGGGAUAUUGAUACUAUGGUAGAGCGUACAAAGCUAAGACCUAUUGCAAGUGGUCUUUUGACACCAUUUCAAGGGAUUUGUUUUCUUGGGUUCCAACUACUUUUGGGUCUUGGAAUUCUACUUCAACUCAAUAAUUAUAGCCGUGUAUUAGGUGCUUCAUCCUUGUUGCUAGUCUUCUCCUAUCCUCUUAUGAAGAGAUUUACGUAUUGGCCCCAAGCCUAUCUAGGUUUGACCUUCAACUGGGGAGCCUUAUUAGGUUGGUCGGCCAUUAAAGGAAGUCUAGAUCCAUACAUUGUGUUCCCACUAUACUUUUCUGGAGUAUUAUGGACUCUUGUGUAUGAUACAAUAUAUGCACAUCAGGAUAAAGAGGAUGAUUUUAAAGUUGGUGUUAAAUCUACAGCCUUGAGGUUUGGGAGUUCAACUAAGGAGUGGACUACUGGGUUUGGAGUUGCAUGCAUAAGUAGUCUUGCUCUCUGUGGAUUCAAUGCUGACAUAGGGUGGCCAUAUUAUGCCUUUCUGGCUGCAGCAUCUGCACAAUUGGCUUGGCAGAUAUGGACUGUUAAUCUCUCAUGCCGUGCUGAUUGCAAUAGAAAGUGCGUGAUAAGUUUAAGUUUGUUUCCAACAAGUGGUUUGGUGCGCUUAUUUUCAGUGGGAUUUUAUUUGGAAGAGUCUUCUCUUAAAGGUGCAAAUUAGCCUUCCAACCCCUUUGAAGCCACACGCAUUUUUUGAGUGAUUCUAAAUGUUUAGAUAAAUCUGAAGAGAGGAUACAGAAUUGGAAAAGAAACUGUGCUAUUUUCAUUUCAGUGGGAAAAGGAAAGACAGUAAGGAAAUUUAUUGGAAGUCACUUGUCAAGUUCAAUUUUCUUUGAUCUUCUUAAUUGUCUGUAGUUUUUUCUUUUCUGUUACAUUUGGUAUUUUAAACCAGAGAGAGAGAGAGAGAGAUUUUGCAGAAAACGAGUGAUGUAACAUCCAUUUUAUGGAGUAAAAGCUAUUGUUGUAUGAACAUUUUUUCUGUUCCUCGUGAAUGUUACCAGACGGUAUAGAAAUGAAUUUUUAAUGUGGGAAAGAAAAGAAUUUACCAAAAUUAGUAAAUUACGUGUUUCAUAUCUAUCACUGAAUUGUUUUGAGAAAUCUGAAUUUAAACAUCAUAUUCAUUUGAAUGUCAUCUCUUACGAUGAUGACAUAAAUCAAUUGAAUUAAGAUCAAUACCAGGAUUCUGAUUGAUGGUUUCUUUCUGAUCUACCAAGUACCAUUUCAUCUCAAUCAGAAGAGGAGAGGACCUAAUUCCUUAGAAUCCAUCUCUGGCAUCACUCAGUUUUAGCUAAGCC